AUGGCGUUCACGAUGCACUCCCACUCCGGGCAGUUCUGCCCUGGACACGCCAAAGACCAGCUCGAGGAAGUGAUCAAACACGCCAUCAGCGUCGGCUACAAGACCAUCGGUCUGACGGAGCACAUGCCUCGUACCCAGCUCUCGGACCUCUACCCCGAAGAGCUCGACCCCGACCAAGGCCAAACAUCCCUCGCCCAGCUCGUCCCCCGCCACGCUUCCUACCUCGCCGAAGCCCAGCGUCUCCAAGCCAAAUAUGCCUCGCAGAUCCACAUCCUCAUCGGCUUCGAAGGUGAAUGGAUUCGCGGGGCCGAGUACGGUCCCCUGAUCACCUCCCUCUUAUCUUCCGCCCCAUGCGUCGACUACUUUAUCGGGUCCAUCCACCACACGGCGGGGAUCCCGAUCGACUUUGACAAAGCCAUGUUCCUGCAGGCGCAGGACGCGUGCGGGGGUUCGGAGGAGAAGCUGUGGGAGAGGUAUUAUGAUGAGCAGUUUGAGAUGUUGAGCGCGACGAGGCCGAAGGUGGUGGGACAUUUUGAUUUGAUCCGGUUGUUUUCGGAGGAGCCGGAUCGGAGGGUGAAGGGGGGGAGGGAGGGGGUUUGGGAAAGGAUGAGGAGGAAUUUGGAGGUCUGUAGGGGGUUGGGGGCUUGGUUGGAGGUUAAUACUAGUGCGCUGAGGAAGGGGUUGGGGGAGCCGUAUCCGGGGAAGGAGGUUGCUGAGGAAUGGAUCAAGAUGGGAGGCAUGUUUACGUUUUCGGAUGAUAGCCAUGGGAUUGCACAGGUUGCCACGAACUACGUAAGGGGCCUGGAUUACUUGGAGAGUUUGGGCGUUACUGAGCUCUGGACGCUGGAAAGGGUUCCUCAUCCCGGAACGGCAGGGGAUGUUAAGUCGGAGUUGCGGGACAAGGCUGUGACCAUUGCCGAAUUCCGCCAGAGCUUGCGGUUGGAGCAGUAG